CACACUGCUAGUCUUAUGCCUUAGAUUAAAUUAAUACAAAAAAAACCAACAGAUUUUUUUGUUUUUAAUAUUUUUUACGAUAUAGCUAUUCUUGUCUUUUUGGCUGUCUUAACUAGUGACAACCACGUUGUUCCGCCAAGUCUCCUUUAGCUGGCUGACCCUUCAUCAUGUUCAGAGCCGCCGUCCGUCUUUCAGUGUCCGGGGCCCGGAGUUUGACCUGGACACGGCUUGGGUGUACAGCUCCCCUAGCCCAGAGGUGUUACUCACAUGGUGGGAAGCAGGAGACGGACGAGGAGUUUGAUGCCCGCUGGGUUAACUAUUUUAACAAGGCAGAUAUUGAUGCAUGGGAGCUGAGGAAAGGGAUGAACACGCUGAUUGGAUACGACCUGGUACCUGAGCCAAAGAUCCUGGACGCAGCCCUCCGAGCCUGUCGCGGGUUAGACGACCUGGCUAGUGCCAUUCGCAUCCUGGAGGCUGUCAAGGAUAAAUCUGGCCCCCACAAAGACAUCUACCCAUACCUAAUUCAGGAGCUGCGGCCAACACUAGAUGAGCUUGGUAUUUCCACACCCGAAGACCUUGGCAUGGACAAAUUAUAAAUGGGUUUUCUCAGGACUGCUGUUGAUGUCUCUGGGAACCUUGUACUUAGUCUUUGCCUCCUUGUAUAAAUAUGUGUGUGAUAUUUAAUUUGGGCCUUUUGUUUGUAAAAUAUUGAUGAACCUAAUAAAUAAAAUAUAUCUAUUGAACGUGU